GGGAACAAAGACAACAGUGAUUGGAACAAGAAAGCUGUGUCUGAUUGGCCAUUGCCCAUUAUUUCCUAUUUUCCUUUCCCUCUCUCUCUCUCUCUCUCUCCCUAUUUCUUGCUUGCAUUUGUAACCAACAUGGCUCCUGGCGAAUGGGAUCUCACUCUCUGACCGUACAGUUCCUUCUCCCCUCUCUUCUCCUAUCUUGCUGGUAUUGCAGAGUGGUUUGUAGGCAUUGAUUUGAUAGGGUUUGUGGAUUGGUAAGUGAUUUGAAGGGCGGAUAUGACUAUGCAUAGUGUAAUUUCCAAAGAGAAUGAAGGGAUGGUCCAAAACCCCAUUGCGAUUUCGCCAACGACAGUGCCUUGGUGGGGUGGGCUCACAGUGCAAUCUGCAUCUUGUGUUGAGACUUUGGGGAAUUUGAUGGCUUUAUCUGUUGAGCAGCCUGCAUCUGGGGAUCAAGGCAUAGGCGGCAAGCAGGUCGAACGUGGUGUGGAACAGCAUCUGCCGAAGGGAAACACAGGCCAAUUCGCGAUUGUCCCUGGUGAUUGCAAAUCAUCAGCAAAUCUGCAGAAGUUUUCGCAAGUGCAAGGUGCAGCCUCUGCACAGCCGGCUAGUGUGGAAUACCGAGGUCCCUUUGAGUUUGGAUUUGGCCAACCUCUGAUAUGUACCAAGUAUCCUUAUGGAGAGCAGUGCUAUCGAUUAUAUACAGCUUAUGGACCUCAGGUUGCGGGGCGAAUCAUGCUGCCACUGAAUUUGACAUCGAAUGAAGGCCCGAUAUUCGUGAAUCCUAAGCAGUACCAUGGGAUAAUUAGGCGCAGGAAGUCCCGUGCAAAGGCUGAAAUGGCGAACGUAGUGCCUAAAUCCCGCAAGCCAUACUUGCACCUGUCCCGCCACCUCCAUGCAAUGCGUCGCCCGAGGGGCUGCGGUGGGCGCUUCCUGAACACGGGGAACGCCAAGGGAAGCUGCAAGGACUCGAGUGGCAACACGAAGACUGCAGCAGAAGGGCAGAUAUCCCCGAUUUCUGAAGUCCUGCAGCAGCAAUCUGACAGCAGGAACCUGAGCUCUUCCCCGGGGUCUCACAACUUCGGUUCAGAGGUGACUAGCCUGUUCUCGAGGGAAGAUCAAGACCUCGACCCCUUCCCAACCACCCGCCUCCGCUCACCUCUCCUCGCCCUGCCGGACCUCAUGAACGCUGGACACAGCAUCCUCACCGCCCCCGGUAAGUGGAUGGUUGCAGCAGCAGCAGCAGACAACUGCUGCAACCUCAAAAUUUGACAAUUAAAGAUGCAGGACGGGGUUGCUGUCCCGUUCUCGGGACACAACCCUGUCCUCGUUGCAACCAAACCCGAAACCCCUGCUCUUAUUCCCAUCUGGUUGCAACAAUUAGGUAACUCAUCCUUGGCUAUCAAACUGGGAGUUCAUCCUUGGCUAUCUCUCUAUCUGUAUUGGCAAAUCAUCCUUGGCUUACAAGCAUUCUGGCUGCCCCUAUCAUCCCUGUCACAAUCUGGGCACUGAUUUGAGGCUCUUCACCCAGAAUGCAACCUCAUUUUCAUGUUAUAUAUCUAUAUAUACACAUACAUAAUCCUAUCUCCAAUAAUGAAUAAAUAUAUCAUGAAGAUCCAGAUAUUGGGUCCAUGAUAUGAUGUUGCAGAUUUGCAGAAACUUGGUGUUGUAAAAUAUUGAUAAAACUUAUGUGUGAUUUCUGGUACUGUGUUUGAUAUAAAUAUGGAUUUUAUGAACUCUUU